ACAGGAGGGAAAACUGGAACACUGCUGCUCACUUCACACACUGAAUGUGAGUUUACCACUAAAAAAAAGAAAAUAAUAGUUCACUUUCUGACUUAUGGACCAAAACCAUGACUGACUGAUUUGCAGUGUGGUGUCUGCCAGGUUUGUUUUCCACAUUUCUCAAACGGAAUGGCUUCCAUAUCAGAGGAUGAUCUCUCCUGUCCUGUCUGCCACGACAUCUUCAGCGAUCCUGUCGUCCUGUCAUGCAGCCACAGCUUCUGUAAAGACUGUCUGCAGAGCUGGUGGAGAGAGAAACAAAUAAAGGAGUGUCCGGUUUGUAAGAGAAGAUCAUCAAAGAGUCAACCACCUCGUAACCUGGCAUUAAUGAAGCUGUGUGAGACCUUCUCACUGAAGAGAGAUCAGAGCUCUUCAGCAGGAUCUGAGGCUCUCUGCAGUCUGCACGCUGAGAAACUCAAACUCUUCUGUCUGGACCAUCAGCUGCCAGUGUGCGUCGUCUGUCGAGAUUCAAAAAGACACAACAACCACAAAUUCAGGCCAAUCGAUGAAGCUGCACAGGAUCACAGAGAGGAGCUCCAUGAAGCCCUGAAGCCCUUAAAGAAGAAACUGAAGCUCUUUGAACAAGUUAAAGGAAACUGUGAUCAAACAGCAGAACACAUUAAAGUCCAGGCUCGACACACAGAGAGGCGGAUUAAUGAGCAGUUUAAGAAGCUUCAUCAGUUUCUACAAGAGGAAGAGGAGGCCAGGAUCGCUGCUCUGAGGGAGGAAGAGGAGCAGAAGAGUCAGAUGAUGAAGGAGCAGAUUGAGGCUCUGAGCAGAGAGAUAACAGCUCUUUCAGACACAAUCAGAGCCACAGAGGAGGAGCUGAGAGCUGAAGACGUCUCAUUCCUGCACAACUACAAGGCUGCAGUGGAAAGAGUCCAGCAGCGCCCCCUGCUGGAUGAUCCACAGCUGGUAUCAGGAGCUCUGAUAGACGAGGCCAAACACCUGGGCAACCUGGCCUUUAACAUCUGGGACAAGAUGGAGAAGAUGGUCUCAUACACUCCUGUGAUUUUGGAUCCAAAUACUGGUCAUCCAGAACUCAUCCUGUCUGAAGAUCUGACCAGUGUGCACUCUGGAGAAAGCCGGAGGCUUCCUGAAAACCCAGAGAGGUUUGAACACUUUCCCUCUGUUUUGGGCUCUGAAGGCUUUAACUCAGGGACUCACAGCUGGGAUAUUGAGGUUGGAGAAAGCACAGCGUGGCUUCUGGGUGUGGCUGCAGAGUCUGUCAAAAGGAAAGGAAAAAUACAGUCUCCAACAUGGACAAUAGGAUUCGCUGAAGGUGAAUAUGAAGCCUUCUCCCCAUCAGCCCAACCAACUGUUCUCUCAUUGGAGACAAAGCUUCAACAGAUCAGAGUUCGCCUGGACUCGAAAAAAAGAAAACUGUCAUUCUCUGAUCUAAACACUGAAGCACACAUACACACCUUCACACACAACUGCACCGAGAAGCUCUUUCCAUAUAUAUGCAAUGGAGAUGAAUUCCCAAUAAAGAUUUUACCAGAGAUGGAUGAAAAUGAAGAUGACAGUGACGAUAAUGAUGACGACGAUGAUGAUGAUGAUGACGACUACGACGAUGAGGAUGGCGAAGACGACGACGACGAGGAUGAGGAUGAUGAUGCUGACGAGGAUGAAUCUGACGACGACGAGGAUGCUGACAAGGACGAAUCCGACGAUGAUGAUGAUGACCACAACAAUGAUGAUUAUAUCAUGAGCCUUCUAUAAAUGAAAGGUAUUAUUAUCAUGACGAUCACUAUCUUCAAGGGAGGUAUCAUGUAAUUUACUCUGAUAUAGUUCUACUGUAUUUGUCUUGAAAUUAAUUCUCAAAUGGUCAACGACUAGAGGGAAAACAUUGUCUCCAUGAUGACUCAGGCAAUGAUCCUGUCUGUGAAAAUACAAUCAUUUUAAUUUUACUGUGUCACUCAUCUUAUCUUCUUUUGUCACUCUGCAUGAGAAAGUGAAAAUGUAUGUUGUAAAUUACUGA